UUUAAGUUCCCAGGCUCCCACUCUUCAUUUUCCAAUCCAGACGUUGACUGCGCAUCAACGUAACUUUUACAAAACAUCACACCGAUUCAUCUCAAAUCACUAGAAUACAGGUCAUGAAGUCGAGAAAACGUACCGCCGACAAUGAGGGCGGGAAUGCCUACAAGAGACAUCGAAAUCCACAGUACUCCGGAGGGACAAAGACAAACUCAACUAUGGACCCGAAUUACGGCCAACGAAGCGCCUUUGGUGACUUCGAGUGUCUUACGACUGUGCCAACUGGAGACAGUGAUCUAGACUGGGAGGAUGACUCCGACGCUUUAUCAUAUCUUAAAUCUGUACGAACCCAGGCAUCCGCAAUCCCACACGUCCUCGCCGCGAGCAAAGCUGGCCCGCAACUGCCUCCUCAAUUUGCAGCCCAAUCUACAAAUGGAAGUCUGCAAGGUGGAGCAGAAAACAUCGACCGGAGUAUUUAUAAAGAUGGCACAGGCGAUUUUAGAGGAUACUAUCAUGAUGGAGCGUAUACCGCAUACCCGUCAGGCUACUUUGAUAAAGAGGAGGACACGGAUGAAGAACAAGACGGAGACUAUGAUGAAGCAAAUCAAGACUACGAGGAGGGCGAAGAAGGCGAAAACCUCGAGCUAAACUACGACGAAGAUAGUAGUCUUGAAUCCGACAGCGAAGGGCGCCCACACAACAGCAACGUAGACGAGAUCCGCGACGCGUACUUUGCCUCUCUCACGAACCAAUAUCUAGCCUUACGCCAGAUCCUACAAACCGACCCUCCACACGACGUAUUAUUGUCCCUCCCCAAAUCGAAUCCAACCGAAGUACGCGAAUUCGGCUCCCGAUCCGACACCUUCCCCAAGUGGGCUGGUCGAAUCCGGGGCACGGACCCACUGCCUGCCCAAGUCGCCGGCAUGCGCAAGGAAGGCGUGAUCCGGCUCCUACGCAUCAUCCUUGGUGGCAAGUUCCUGCGCAAGAAGCAGACUCUCUGGGAGCGCACUAGCAGGUGGAUAUGGGCGCUGCUAGCGCGCCUGCCCGAGAGGGGCGAGCUAGACUACCAGGAGAUUGGGUACAUCCGCGAAUUGGGUAAGAGGGCGGUUUUAUUGAUGGUUAGCUUGGUCGAGAUGGAGGUUCUGAAAGAGCAUUAUGACGUCGGCGAUAGUAGCGCCGAGAGUCUGGGUGAGCCUGAAAUCGACGACGAAGGCAUUGACGAGGAAUUGAGCCCGGAAGGAUUUGAUGAGUUUGAUGACGUGGAAGAGGAGGCCACAGCUACGAACGCCAAAAACGCCCAGCCAAAAAUAGUUACCGAGGCCGGAGCUUCAGUUCCCAAAGAAGUGGCGGAGGAAUUAUCGGACGUCGAGAUGCAGAUUGAUUCGGACUCGGAGGCAGAGGAUGGGGAAGUAUCUGAAGUACCCCAAAAUCAAGCAGAAGAAUUAUCGGCUGACAUAGAGACGGCCAAGGCUCGGCUCCUGCGCCAGCUUGGCGCGACGGACGAGGAAGAGGACGCGGAAGCCGUAAUCCCCGAACCUGAAACCACGGACCUCAUGGAUGAAGCCUUUGCCGCCCUCGCAGCAGACGAAGAAGUUCAGAAGAAAGAGGAACGCCAGAGAGCUAAGAUCAACGAACGCGCCACUCUGAACAUGAUCCUUACUGUAGCCGGUGAGUUCUACGGCCAGAGAGACCUUCUCGAGUUCCGCGAUCCGUUUGGCGGGCUUUAGGUCGAGUAGUAGGUAGACCAAACCCAUAUUGUGACCAUACAUUCAUGUGAUCAGACUGUUCUAUACAUAGCACUC